AUGACAGCACCACGCUCCACGAUGGGAUUGACCACCGGGACCGGGACCGAUCAAGUUUCCAAGGCGUUUGUGACGCUGUUGACGAGCGACUCUUACCUGCCUGGGUGCCUGACCAUGAUCAACUCGCUGCUUAACGUCGAAGGCGCCAAAGGGCGAGCCGAUUACGAGACGGUCUGCUUGGUGACGCCAGCGACCGUCGGCCACGUUGCGAUCAAGGCGCUGCACAAGGUGUUCGACCAAGUCAUCGGCGUGGCAGAGAUCACGACCAGGUCCUGGCACGAGUUGGCUUUACUAGGUGAGUUGUUGCUUUCGCUGUUAUUGCUAUCUCAUCGGCAGGGGUACUCCGCUCGGCCCCGGAUGAGCGCACUGGAUCCGGAUCCGAAUGCGCGUGGCCCGUGUGAGCCGAUUGCGAUGCCCCAACCCGCGGCGGAGCUCGAAUCUCGGAUCCGUUCGUUACGCGAUACGGGCUUCCUUCGCACGGCCGACUGGCGACGGCAUGCUCUCAACCCGAAUUCGGUACCGCCGCGUUCGUUGAAGCACGUUAUCGUUAGGAUGACGUUGUAUCGCAGCUAUGCGGAGGGUGGUCGAUGGACAGGAUCACUGAUCUCUCGCCAAUGGCCUCUCUGAACGACAGGCCGGAAAGACCUGGCAGCGUCGCUCACCAAGCUUCACCUAUGGCGGUUGACGAAAUACAACAAGAUCGUCUUCCUCGAUGCCGAUACGCUCAUCCUGCGUCCCUUGACGCCUCUGUUCGACCUCGAUGUCGAGUUCGCUGCUGCACCCGACAGUGGGUGGCCCGACUCAUUCAACUCGGGUGUCUUCCUCGCCAAGCCGUCCAGUGCGACAUUCGACUCGCUCAUUGAGAUGAUGGACCACAAGGGUACCUGGGAUGGCGGCGAUCAAGGGUUAUUGAACGACCAUUUCCCGAACUGGUAUCGGCUCAAGUACACGUACAACGUGACCCCGUCGGCCUAUUACACGUGAGUCAGGCCGUCCCGGAGAGAUCGGAUGUCGUCUCGAGCGGACUAUGCGACCGUUCGAGGCUCCCUCCCACUUGAGGUUGCCCGUCGACUCGCGAAGGUGCCUACGGGAGUCUCCGCAUGCUGACUGCUAUGUUUACGUCGUUCCGCAGUUAUGCUCUUGCUUUCCGACGACACGGCCAUGACGUGUCUGUAUUACAUUUCAUAGGCAAGAACAAGCCAUGGCACAGAGGCACGCGGGGCACAGCUAUGUUGGAGGAAUCCACAACAGAUUACUACAAUCUUGUUGGCCUUUGGUACGAUGUCUACGAGCGACACUAUGGAAGGAGUCUGAGUGAGUUGAUCCAAGUGAACACGUCAUCGGCAUCCCAUUCGUUGUCGAAUCUGAGCCCGUCACUUUUUGUUUUGUCGCUCAGCUUCCGACGUCGCAGACAAGGUCGUUGCGCCACCUGCCUUCCAAUCGAAGUUCUCGAUGCUGCAGCCUCACCAACCGACCCCAGCGUCGACGAAGAAGCUGGUCGCUUCGACGUCCCGGUCGGGCAUCGACUCGCCCCCCAAGCUUGACUGGGACCCGGCCGUCAACCCACCUCCUACGACAGAUUAUCAGAUGCGUGAGGCCAUCACGGCGCGGUAUGACAGCGUAUGGGACGAGCCGGCGCGCAAGCAAAAGAUUCGUUUCCAGCCCCCUUCGUCCUACCCUAAUGUACCCCCGUCGACGCACGAGUGGUACAAAGACGUGAUGCAGAAGAAGCCCGACCCUUCGGCAGUGAAGCCCGUGUUUCCGUGGGAGCAGCCCAAGGUCUCGACUCGACCGUCGCAACCUCCUUCACCCGUCCGAGCUCCGACUCGUGCUUUUCCGCCAACGCCUUCGGGGUCGCCGCCGCGAGAAGCUCCCAAUGGGUUCCAGCCUCGUCAAUCGUACACAAACGCUUGGGACAAUGUUCCGGGGAUCGAUCGGUACGCCAAAUCGCUCGCCAAGGCUACAAAGCGAAGGGAGAUCUCGAUCGAUGCCACCAAGGAUGCCAAGGGGUCAACCGGAUCGGCCAUUUUUGGUUCAGGAUCUGGACCGCGCUCAGGCUCGUCUGACUCGUCGACGAAAGGGGACAACGGGUUGGGCGGCCGUCAAUCGAGUCUGGCAGAGCUGAAGCCGUACAAUAGUCGCAGCGAUGCGAGCAGUCGAGACGGCGACGACGAGGACGAUGACGAUGACGAGAUGACGUCUGGGAAUGACGACGAAGAGGUCGACCGACCGCGCAUCAACUACCGCCGAUCGUCGAGUUAUGGCUCUUCCAGCUGGGGCCAGAGCGGCGCAUCUUCGCCAACAACCGCUCGAAGCGGCUCUACGCUUCUCGGCAGCGGUGAGACCGCACCUUCUGCAGCAAUGUCAACCUCUGCCAGCGCCAACAGUCCCCCAAAAACGAAGCGUUUCGUUCCCUUGAUGCCUCGACUUGGCCGCGCGGCUAGCUCUGAGGUCCCUGUCCAUCAUCAGCCCGCCCACCAAUCCGCCGCGCCAUUAAAGUCGGCGCUCCGAGGCGGCCAUUCGACAGGUCACUCAGCACCUUCGGCCAGUGGUGGGAUUCCCUACGUUCCUGCCCCAUCGCCCCGGCUCGGCCCUCAAGCGAUCCGCAAUUCGACUGCGGCUCGUCUGACUUCGGCGGGGUCCGGCGUCGGCGACGGACCUCCCGUCGUGCGUGCAACGCGUGUUUUCUCGCCCGAAACCGAUACCGGCGUAGUCAAGCAACAAAGACUUGCGGCGUUGCAGCGUUUCGUGGAGAAUUUUGAAGCCACGAACGGCAACGGCUCGGCGGCGGGUGGCCCGAGGGGCGGCGGCGCGGGCUCGGCCGGCACUUGGCGCUUUGGUUGA